UUUCUUCUUAUCCUCUCUAUUACUGUCUGUGAGGGUAUUUUUUUUACUCUGCAGUCACAUUUUCUCCAAGCCAUUACUUAUCUCUCUCUCUCAUCCACUGAGUUGUUGCAUAUAAAGCUGGACAGCUCUGCUUCUGUCCCCUCAUCCUCCCUCCUUCUUCACACUCCGUCUGGCCCAGCAGGUUUGUGUCCGGACACUUCCUUCGCAGAGCUCAAGGUGACACAUGGCUGCUCAGGCACCGAUGAGUGCUCAUAUCCCCAGGCCUCUUGACGGCCACCAGUUUGCCCCCCAACCCCCCUUUCCUUUUUGUUGUUUCAGUGAGACGCUAAUCUAUGGUUCUGCUGUGAGGGCCACAGGAGCGGCAGGUUGACUCACUUCCAGCUCACUGACACAAUCAUUCACUGCUUGUAUUGGGGAGUUCUGUCUGUCUCUAUGUGUGUGUAUGUGUGUGUGUGUGUAUGUGUGUGUGUUGCAGAACAGUGCCUGUUAGACAGCAUGGCUGAUAUUUUUCUGCAGGGUCAGCAGAGACCUGGCCAAGCCGGCAUCAUGGAGGAGUAAAUCAAUGAAACCCAAUUAGACACCAAGAAAGUGCCAUCAAGGCCACCAUGCUGCAGCAAUCCACGCUGCAUCCAAUUGUGCAGAGUAAAAGGUGUGGAAUCAAGGGCUCCUGCGGGCCACCAGCCGCUGGACACCUGUGCUUAUGAGAGUCAACCGCAGAGUCAGCACCACGACCAACAUGCAACACACAGCUACGUCACACAGGCCUGGAGAACAAUGUUAUCAUGCCACAAUCAGGGGGGAAAUAAGCAAGCACAGACGUAUCAAUGUACUCACUACACGAGGGUAGCGGUCUGCUUCUGCUGGCGAUCUUGGCAGGACUGCAGAUUGCAGCAGAGGGCAGGGGCACCCCACCAUGCAGGCCAGGCUUCUCGGAAGACAUAUACAUGGUUGUGGUGCCAGAUAUCACAGAGAAAGGACAGCCCCUUUUUAACGUGAGGUUUAACAACUGCAACCGAGGCGGCAAGAUCCGGUUUGAGUCCAGUAACCCGUCUGACUUCCGGAUAGAGGCAGAUGGGGCGGUUUACGCUGCUAGGAAUCUUCAGCUUUCUGCGUUCCAACUGUCACCGUUGCUGAUCAAGGCCAGUGAUGACAGCGCUCAACAGCAAUGGGUGACCCAAGCGAGGCUGACGACCUCCACAGCCUCCAACCAGCAGGUCCAGGAAGAUCCAGUCCCUCCAGUCUUGUCCAAGGAUUUGAAGGAAAUAGUGUUUCCAUCACGAAACACAGACAGCCAACUGAAACGCAUGAAGAGAGAUUGGGUCAUCCCCCCAAUCAAUGUCCCGGAGAACUCACGAGGCCCAUUCCCGCAAGAGCUUGUCAGGAUCCGAUCAGAUCAUGACAAAAGCAGAUCCCUAAGAUAUAGUGUGACAGGCCCCGGUGCUGACCAGCCCCCCACUGGCAUCUUCAUCAUCGAUCCAAUCUCUGGAGAGCUAUCUGUCAACAAGCCCCUGGAUCGAGAGCACAUCCCCAACUUCCAUCUGAGAGCUCAUGCAGUGGACCUGAACGGCAACCAGGUAGAAAACCCUAUUGACAUUGUGAUCAAUGUGAUCGACAUGAAUGACAACAGACCCGAGUUCAGCCAUCAAAUCUGGAAUGGCACUGUUCCAGAGGGUUCGAAACCAGGAACAUUUGUUAUGACUGUAACGUCUGUGGACAAAGAUGACCCAAAAACAGCUAACGGGAUGCUUCGUUAUAAGAUCUUGUCUCAGAAUCCAGAGAGUCCAACCUCCAACAUGUUCACCAUCAACAAUAAAACAGGAGGCAUCAUUACAGUGGCAGCAGGCCUGGACCGAGAGAAAGUGCCUCAGUACACACUGAUCAUCCAGGCCACUGACAUGGAGGGCAAUCCCAUGUACGGUCUGUCUAAUACAGCCACUGCCGUCAUCAGAGUCACUGACAUUAAUGACAAUCCACCAGAGUUCACCGCUGAGACGUUUUACGGUGAGGUGCCUGAAAACCGUGUGAAUGUCAUUGUGGCCAACCUGACGGUGACUGACAAGGACCAGCCCAACACUCCAGCCUGGAAUGCCGUCUACAAAAUCACCGGGGGCGACCCCACCGGCAGGUUUUCCGUGCCCACUGAUCCGACCACUAACGAAGGCCUGGUAACCGUCGUUAAGCCUAUUGACUAUGAAAUCAGUAGGACGUACGUGUUGACAGUGGAAGCAAGGAACGAGGUUCCCUUGGCCAGAGGCAUCCACUCGCCUCGCCAGUCUACCGCCACCGUCUCCAUCAGAGUGAUAGACGUCAACGAGAGCCCCUACUUUGAGCCCAACCCCAAACUCGUCAAACUGGAAGAAGGAAUGCUGCCCGAGUCAACUCUGACCACCUUCACAGCGCAGGAUCCUGAUCGCUUCAUGCAGCAAAGCAUCAGAUACUCCAAACUCUCAGAUCCAGCCAACUGGCUGAGGAUUGAUCCAAACACUGGUCGAAUUUCAACAAUUGCCAUUUUGGACAGAGAGUCACCCUAUGUGAAGAACAGUUUGUACAAUGCAACCUUCCUGGCUUCUGAUAAUGGUGUACCUCCAGCAAGUGGCACAGGCACUCUCCAGAUUUACCUGUUGGAUAUCAAUGACAACGCUCCAAGGGUGUUUCCUCAGGAGGCGGAGAUAUGUGAAAAACCAGAACCAAAUGCCAUCAACAUCACCGCACUUGAUGGCGACUUGAACCCUAAUGCCGGGCCAUUUGCCUUCGAGUUAGCCCACGUACCCAGCGAUGUUAGGAGAAACUGGACUAUUACGAGAGUCAGUGGUGACUACGCUCAGGUGAGCUUGAAGAUUGGCUUUCUUGAAAGUGGUAUCUAUGAGAUCCCCAUCAUAAUCACAGACUCAGGCAACUUGCCCAUGUCCAACACCUCCUACCUACGGAUUAAAGUGUGCCAGUGCGACGUCAAUGGAGACUGCACAGACCAGCAGCACAUCAUGGCAGCCGGUCUGGGCACGGGCGCUAUCAUCUCUAUCCUCCUCUGCAUCAUCAUCCUCCUCAUUCUCGUGCUGCUGUUUGUGGUGUGGAUGAAGCGUCGUGAUAAGGAGCGUCAGGCUAAGCAGCUCCUUAUUGAUCCUGAGGAUGAUGUGAGAGACAACAUUCUCAAGUAUGAUGAGGAAGGCGGUGGAGAGGAGGAUCAGGAUUAUGACCUCAGCCAGCUCCAGCAGCCGGACACGAUAGAGCCUGAUGCCAUCAAGCCUGUGGGGAUCCGCCGUCUAGACGAGAGACCCCUCCACCCCGAGCCACAGUACCCCAUGAGGUCAGCAGCACCGCACCCCGGAGAUAUCGGAGACUUCAUCAACGAGGGUCUUAAGGCCGCAGACAACGACCCCACCGCUCCACCCUACGACUCCCUGCUAGUGUUCGACUACGAGGGCAGCGGUUCCACGGCCGGUUCCCUAAGCUCCCUCAACUCCUCCAGCAGCGGGGGCGACCAGGACUAUGAUUACCUCAACGACUGGGGCCCUCGCUUUAGAAAACUGGCAGACAUGUACGGUGGAAGUGACGACUAGGACACACAGCCACUCCUCAAAAAUGAAGGAAAAGAUGGAGGAGAAAAAAAAAAAAAGAAGAAGAAAAGGAACGAUUUCCUGUUGAAGGACACGGACAGCUUCUGAUAUACUGAUAUUCCCUGAGAGAGUGACAGAACUGCGACAGAAAAAGAAACAAAAAAUAAACAUUGAUUCUGAAAUUUUUUCAAAAACAACCAACCUAGGCUUAUUGUUGUAGUCUACGCAUACAUAUGCUUGUUGAAAGCUUAGGCAUAGGCUGUGGUCCAGUGAUGGAGAAUAUGGGACAGAACACUGGUGGACUGUCACCACUUGGAUUGUUGGUAUUGAAUGCGCUCAGUUACACUUGAAUUUCACAGUACAGAAGCACUGGGAUAUAAUGUGCCUUUUUGUACAUUUUUUUGGAUCUAAAUGAUUAGUUUUAUGUUCAAGGCUUUAAUGGUACUGACUUUUGGAGUGAUUUCAAACAAAGUAUGUUACACUCUGGUAUGCUUCUACAUGCUUUUUUUUUCUUUGGUUACACAAUGCUCCUGUUUGUUGAGGAUUAUUUAAACUACAAAGACGAAGAAAUGAAGGAUCAUUCGUUAGCUUGGAUGGAAAGAAAAACAAUUAAGAGCAGCACUGUACAGUACACUAGACUUCUAGACUUUUUCACUAAAAAAUUAAAAUUAUGCAGCUGGUUGCAAAUAAAGGGAGUUAUGAAUCAUACUUUUGUAGCAAAUUUUUGUUUUGUUUUCUUUUAUUUUCCUUUUUUAUUUGAAGUGAUGUAGUAUUUUACAAAAUCAACAAAAAAACUGUUUUGGUCUAAUCUAUGUACACUUCAUUUGCCUUAGUCAUCUUCUGAUAUUUUCAAGUUUUAAUUCACUGUAAAAAGAUGUGUGUACAUAAUGUUUUUUUUUCUUUAUCUUUUCUUUUGAUGUAGUAUAUGAAGAAGUGCAAAAAGUUCCAAACUUGUAAAUGUAUAAUUUGGACUAAAAAUUUAAAGUUUUUUGCAUGUUUUUAUCUUUUCAUGACAACAAAAAAGACAAAUGUUGUUUCCCAAAUUUAUUUACAAAGUGAAAAAAAUAAAAAUCUGGGUGACAUUAAAUGUGUAGAAGUUAAGAGAGUUUUUUGUAUAAAACAGGAAAAAAAAAAAACACAUUGA